UCGUUGACAUAGCCAAACAAAAUUAGAGAGAUGCGAUCUUCAAGCUCCUCUAAAAGCCUAAAACCCCCCAAAACUAAAUAAGUUCGUAUGAAGCCGAAUUGAACCCUGUCUAAAACCCUACACUCUCAGCAAAACACUGGACUCCCAUUUCUUCUUCCCUCAAAUUGCCAUAAUUUCUUCUCCAUUUUUCAUCGGCUACACCCUAUUUCAAGCUUCAUCUACACAUUGAAAUAAUUUUUCUCCAAAACCCACAUAUGCUAAUUGUUUGAAUUUGUUUUUCAAUCUAAAACCCCAGAUGAAAUCUUUGAGAGUUCUUAGAAAUCUCUCAUCUUUAUCUUCUACCAAACUCCACAACAAAACCCAAUUUAAUCCCUCUACUUUAUGCCAAUUUUUCUCUAGUCAAUCCCAAUUAGACCAUCCCACAACCUCUGAAAAUGAAACUGACAAUGAAAGCUCAACUUUUGACAGUACCCACUUCGACCUUCCACCUGAAAUAACCCAGAAAUUGGACUCACAAAAGGUGGGUCCCACUUGGGAUGAGAGCUUAAGGACUAAGGUCAAGAGUAGGGUGUUUGGGGAGGAAGUAUCCACAAAGGGGAAAUUGAGGGUUAAAGAGAAGGGGAAGAAGAAGGUGGUAGUGGCGGAGGAGGAGGAGGAAGAGAGGCGGAGGGUGCUCGCUCGGUCACUGCUCGAGGCGGCGCUGGAUGCUCCUGAUGAGGAGGAUGAGGAAGAAGAGGGUUUGGAGGUGAAGGAGGAGGAUCAGAAGUCUUUGUCGGUUGGAAUUAUUGGGGCUCCUAAUGCUGGUAAAUCAGCAUUGACUAAUUACAUGGUUGGGACUAAAGUUGCUGCUGUUUCUCGUAAGACAAAUACAACUACCCAAGAAGUAUUAGGGGUGAUGACAAAAGGAGAUACCCAAAUUUGUUUCUUUGAUACCCCAGGACUGAUGCUUAAAAAGAGUGGAUAUCCAGGAAGUGAUACUAAAGCUCGUAUUGAAUCUGCCUGGAACUCAGUUAACCUAUACGAUGUGCUUAUAAUCAUUUUUGAUGUUCAUAGACAUCUCAGCAGGCCUGAUUCAAGGGUUACAAGGCUAAUUGAGCGUAUGGGGUCUGAGCCCAAUUUAAAACAGAAACGAAUUCUGUGUAUGAAUAAAGUUGACUUGAUUGAAAAGAAGAAGGAUUUGCUGAAGGUUUCAGAACAAUUUAAAGAUUUGCAAGGAUUUGACAGGGUUUUUAUGAUCUCUGGGCUGAAGGGUUCUGGCGUGAAGGAUCUCUCUGCAUAUCUGAUGGAACAGGCAGUUGGAAGACCUUGGGAUGAAGAUCCGUUCACUAUGAGUGAAGAAGUUAUGAAAAACAUAUCCUUGGAAGUAGUCCGCGAGAGGCUAUUAGAUCAUGUGCAUCAGGAAAUCCCGUAUGAGGUAGAACACCGAUUGGUUGACUGGAAGGACUUUAGAGAUGGAUCGUUGAGGAUUGAGCAACAUUUUAUAACUCACAAAGAAAGUCAGCGCAGGAUACUUGUGGGAAAAAGGGGCUCAAAGAUCGGGAGGAUCGGCAUGGAAGCAAAUGAGCAGCUAAGGUCGAUCUUUAAGAGAAAUGUCCAUCUCAUCCUGCAGGUUAGACUAAAAUAGCAUAGAUUCAAGAAGCUCUUCUUAUACCUUCUGUUGUACAGUAUACCAAGUAUUCCUGAAUUGUUUCUGUAUUGUAUUUUUUCAAGUCAAAUAAAUCAAUAGUAGGUUUAGUUUUUUUACAUUUAUUUUUGAAUUAGAAACAACAAGGAGAUAAAUGUAUCCCUGCUAGUACCACAUUUUCGAAUUCCCGUUGUUCAGCUUCUUUAACUUUCGACUUUCAUUUUUAUACAUAACAGUUUUGGUAAAAUUAUGAAUGCUCAGCCAA